AUGAGGGUUGAAUUCAAAGGGCUUAAGAGUUUGAUUUUGGCAGACAAUAAAUCUGCAUUAUACAUUCAUUGUUUUGCUCAUCAGUUACAAUUGGCACUUGUGAAGGUUGCAAAACAUCACAAAAAGAUUCAAGGAUUUUUUGACAUGCUUCAAAAGAUGGUUACCGUUGUGGGGGGUUCAUGCAAGCGGAAGGAAAUUCUUCAAAUGAAUCAAUAUGAGCAUAUAGUUGAAAGAAUUGCUCGCGGUGAAAUACCAACUGGAAAAGGUUUAAAUCAAGAGACAACCUUAAAGCGACCUGGAGACACUCGUUGGGGUUCCCAUUUUGGUACAAUUACAAGUAUUAUCUCAUUAUUUUCUCCAAUAAUUUCCUUGAUGAAAAUUAUUGAAGACGAGCCUAGGAAUGAUGCUGCAAGAACUGAUUAUGAGUUUGCAUUCUUGUUGCAUCUUAUGCAACUUAUCUUAGGGAUUUCUUAUGAGUUGUCACAAGCACUACAAAGAAAAGAUCAAGACCUUUCAAAUGCAAUUGGUUUAGUGAAGGUUGUCGAGUCUCAUUUACAAGAGGUGAGAGAUAAUGGUUUUGAUGAAUUGCUUCAAGAAACGAACAUUUUUGCAAAUAAAUAUGAUAUUGACAUUCCAAAUACGGAGGAUGUUUAUUAUCCUAAAGGGAGAUCAAGACGGAGAUUGGAAUCAUUCACAUUCUUGCACUACUUUAAAGUGGAGUUAUUUAAUAGAGUGAUAGAUACUCAGGUUCAAGAGUUGAGUGAUCGAUUUGAUAAUGUCAAUACCAAGAUGCUUGAGCCUUUGAGUUGUCUUGAUCCUCGUGAUUCAUUUGCUAGUUUUAACAAAGAAAAAUUGAUUGAGUUUGCUAGAUUUUAUCCUUUGGAGUUUAAUGAGCUUGCAGAUAUUCCUUUUCUUUAUUCAAGUCUCGGUAAUUUUAUUGUUGUUUUAAGAGCUAAUUCUGAUUUUGUCAAUUUGAAAAGAAUUUCUGACCUUGCUUUGAAGAUGGUUGAGAAGAGAAAGGAUAUUGUUUAUCCAUUGGUUUAUUUGAUGAUAAAGCUGGCACUCGUUCUACCGGUAGCAACUGCUAGUGUUGAGCGAGUUUUUUCUGUAAUGACUUUUGUUAAGGAUAAGUUGCGCAAUCGGAUAAGUGAUUAUUGGUUUAACGCAUGCAUGCUAACUUAUGUUGAACGUGAUAUAUUUGAUAACAUUGAUGAUGAAGAUAUAAUGCAAUAUUUUCAAAGAAUGAAAAAUCGAAGAAUGCUUUUGUAA